AUGGGAAUUUGCUCGUCGUGCCUAGGAGGGCGAAAGACUUCCGAGUCAGAUCACUCGGACGCCUCACACCUGCUCGGAGACCAGUACCAGCCCAACUAUGGUACUGCCAACAGCACCCACAACGCGCCCCAGCCCGACCCAGAGGAGCUUCGACGUCAGCGGGAGAAUCUGGAACGUAUUUGUGCUGAGACAAAUGACCAAUUGAUCCCUGUCUCUCAACCAAGCGCCCUUCCAGAGGUCACUCAACAGCCUUCCAAGAACGACGAGUACGCCCAUCUCUUCAACGAGCGCUUCAAGUCCAUACGAAAGGAUCGCCCAUCUUCCGCCGGUGACAACGAAGAUGAUGAGACAACUUGGCUUGAGAACGCUGUAGGCAAUCAGGGCGAGGAUGAGCUUGACGAAAUCAAGCCAGCCAAGGGCAAGUUGACGAUUCAAUUCGGGCAGAGAUAA